CUUGGCGCUGUCCGAGCUGGCAGAGACGCCACGUACCUAUAUUAGAACUGAGUCGCUCAUUCUGCGAUUCGCCUCCUGACGAUGAAGCUAUCGAUUGCUACAGCGAGCCUCCUCGCGUCGGCCGCGCUUGCCGCCGAGUUCCGCUUCACCAACAAGUGCGACUACACGAUCAACCUCCAUGCUGGUGGCAGCGUCUUUGUGUGCGAUAUCCCGUCGGGCGAGACGCGCAACAACAACUGCGGUGCGACCUUGGGCUCGCACGGCCUGUUCAAGCACACGGCCGCCAACGAUGUCAACCUGCUCGAGUACUCGCUCACCAACACGAAUGGCUUCAACAACGUGUGGUACGACAUCAGCAACAUCCCGCCGGGCCCUGGCAACUGCAAGAGCUACGACGACUGCAAGGCCUUUACGGGCAAGAAGGGCUACAACGUGCCCAUGAGCAUCCAUCCGGUGAACAACAACAACGGCAAAAACUGCCGCGACCUCGUCGUCACCAAGCCCGACUCGCCUGUCGCGUACCUCUUCCCGACCGACGACGGCAAGAUGGCCGACUGCAAGAUCGACGAAGUCUUUGACGUGACGUUCUGCCCCGGUGGCAACCCUGGCCCGGCGCCGUCGCCCAGCGUGCAGCCCACGCCUGCUCCCACCCAGGCCCCCACCCAGGCUCCUACCCAGGCUCCUACCAAGGCUCCUACCCAGGCUCCUACACAGGCUCCUACCCAGGCUCCUACGCAAGCUCCUACGCAGGCCCCGACCCAGGCGCCGUCGCCCAGCUCGGAUGGACCGACGUAUGCUCCGUCGCCCAGCUCGGCCUCGCCCACGGAAGCGCCUGACGCCCCGACGGCGUCUCCCGAUGCGCCGACGGCCAAGCCGGACGUCCAGCCCGAUGUGAUCCCGGACGGGCAGGUGGGUGCGUGGAAGCAGUGCGGCGGCAAGGGCUACUCUGGCUCGUCGACGUGUACGGACGGCUACACGUGCCAAGGCGUGAACGAGUGGUUCUCGCUCUGCCACCCGCUGCCGCCCAAGGAAGGCGAGCUCGCGACGUGGGCGCAAUGCGGCGGGAAGGGCUACACCGGUAUCACCAAGUGCCAGGCGCGCGACGAAUGCUGGACCAAGGACGAGCACUUCUCGCAGUGCAUCCCGUCGUCCACCAAGUCGACGUAACUUCAACAACAUCCCAACGCUCAAUAUAGACAUCAAUUAACCCUAUAAACUUCUAGUUCUAGUACUCGA